AUGUUUUCACUGAAGAAAAUCAACGACAAACUUUGUGAACACCAAUUAGAUUCAAGCGAUUGUGACAUUAUAUCAAUUAAAAAUGAGUUAGGUAGUAAGAUAUCUCCCAAGCGUAAUGUAGCUGAUUCAAAUUGGUAUCGUGAAUCGCGAAAGAACGCAAAAAAUCCUUUAAUUAGCCAGUAUAUACCACUGAGUAUGAAUUCGAAUAAUGCAGUUUCAAAUGAAAAUAGUGAUAAGAACACUAACCUAUUUACUUGUAAAGAGGAGAUAAAAUAUGCUGAAAAGUUGAAAGUAGUAACUACAAUGAAUCAAAAAGAAGUAAGCUCUGAAAUAGUUAACAAUAGGGAGGCAAGAGCACAACCUACAGAAGAAGAAACCUGGCGUGGAGCAAGACGAAUGAACGAUGCAUUUCAAAAUCGAUCAAAUACUUGUCAAAAUCGAACUCAUGAAAAGGGAUAUAAAGGAAGUGGAAAAGAUAAACAAGAUUAUUCCCUCAAAAAUAAAUAUUCUGAGUCAAUAAAACUAGAUGAACAACAAAUAAAAGCAGCUUUAUAUGAAUUGCAAAGACCAUCAUGCCUACUAAUCCCACUGUAUUAUUUAUGUCAGUUAUGUUGGAAUUUUUGUCGUAGAUAUCCUAUUCGAAUUACAUUAUGCCACAAACAGAAAUGGAGACCAUUACAGAACAUAGAAAAGAUAUGUGUAAAAAAUACUUUAGGUUUGAUUUUUGGAUUAAGCCUAGGAUUCAUAACAUAUUUCUUAUUUAUGAUCACGUUUUCAGGAAAUCCACAUUUAUCCACAUUAUUAAGCGCUUACAUCAUGUUGAUAAGUGUAUAUGGUUUAGCAUUCUCUGGAAAUUUUCAAUGUAUCACAUUAUUAACAUUUCCAUAUAUAAUUGCUACACGUUUACGUUGGGCAAUUUUAAUCUAUGCAACUGGUAUGUCAUUCAAUGGACCUGGUUUAAAUUUUCUACAUAAUUCAGGUAAUUUUCGCAAUUCCAUUGUUUGUAUCAUAGCACAAGUGAAUACAAAUAUGAUGGUAUUGAAAAGUUAA